AAAAAAAAAAAAAAAAAAGAAAGCAAUUACGGCGGAAGACGUCAACGUAGCUCAUGGAACUACUCCAGCCACUCAACAAAUUUCCCACAAAAAAAAAGUCUAAAUAGUACACGUUUUCUUCUUCUUCCUCACCAGGGCUAAACCCAAUCCGCCGUUUUUAUAAAAAGACAAAAAAAAAAAAAAAAAAAGAGCUCGAUAUUUUUUUUUCUGUCUCUCUGCCUGAAAUAUGGGAGACUUGUCGCUAAAAGUGACCAAUCGGUCCCGGAAGGGCCUGAAGGGACUUCCCCCCUCCGUUGAGCUCCCCGAAGGUGCUACGGUAGAGGACGCAAAGAAGGCCGUUGCCCGCGCCGCUAAGGUCUCGGACUUCAACCGCAUCGGCAUCUUCGACCCCGUCUCCAAGAAGACUCUCAAGGACAGGAAAGCUCUGCUGCGCGAGCAACCCGAGGUCGUGAAGCGUGGAGAACUGCUCGUUAAGGACCUUGGCCCCCAGAUCGGCUGGCGACUGGUCUACGUGAUCGAGUACCUCGGACCGCUACUCUUCCACCCUCUCUUCCUCAGCCUGCGCCACAAGCUGUAUCCGGCCGUGUAUCCCCUCCUCAAGAACCACCUCCCCUACGGCAUCCGGACGCACCCCUCGCUCUCCUUCGCGCAGCAGGCCGCCUUCUACAUGAUUAUGGCGCACUUCGUCAAGCGGGAGCUCGAGACCCUGUUCCUGCACAAGUUCUCCGCCAACACGAUGCCCUUCGCCUACGUCUUCCGCAACUCCUUCUUCUACUGGGCCUUCGCCGGGCUCCUCGGCGCCCUCGAGAUCUACGCGCCCUUUUCCCCCGCCGCCCUGUCCCGGGACACCCUCUCCUCCUCCCUGUCGUCUCCGCUCACCUUGCUCGGCAUCGCGCUUUUUUUAGUGGGCGAGAUCGGCAACUUCGACGUCCAUUAUUACCUGGCGCACCUCCGCAAGCCGGGCGAGACCGCGAGGAAGAUCCCCCGCGGCCACGGCUUCGGCCUCGUCACCUGCCCCAACUACAUGUUCGAGAUCGUCGCCUGGCUCGGCGUCAUCCUCGUCGCCCGCAGCCCCUCCCUCGCCGUCUUCAUCGCCGUCGGCUCCUACUUCAUGUACACCUGGGCCUGGGGCAAGGAGAAGGCCUACCGCAAGCAGUUCGGCGACAAGUACAAGAAGAAGCGCAGCGUCAUCCUCCCGGGCCUCCUAUAAACCCCCACUCCUUUUUCUCUUAUAUUAAAGCUUCGAGGGAGCGAGCCCCCCUUCCCCCCUUUUACUACUAAAGUACGAAUAUAAUGAUGGGUCGGGGUAUAUUUAAACUUACCUAAUGUAUCUGGGUAAAUGUACGUACUUUAUCUACUAAGGUACUCUUAGAGAUAAAAAAAAAAAAAGGGACACGGGCAUGAUAUGAAACGAUAUCUGGAGAUGAGGAACUUGCGCUUCAUUUAAUUGAAGCCAACUUAGAUUAGAUUCGGUACCUUAUAUACGUAAUACAUAUAAUAUUAGAUGUCAA